CACCCUCGUGAUCACGGUGGGCGCCUCCCGCCUCAUGUGGCCGACGAUGAAAAGCGCCGGGUUAGGGGCCUUGGCGCGGACCGCCGUAUUCAGGGCCUCCUCGCUCUUGCGCGAGAGCAGGUGCUUCCCCAGGUACUCCUGCACUGACAUGGCUGCCACAGCGGUGGAAUUUGUCCUCACGACUUCGCCACGUCGUCCUCACCUCCCUGGCUUCCCACGACUCCGCCGUAUCGAGGUGCUCGGUGGGUCGUCUUAAUCCGAAGUCCGAACUAGGAAGACGAGACAGAGAGGUCUGAGGAAUGGGCCUCGUUUGAUGUUGAGCUGAAUUAUUUUUCCAGCAUAAGCCCAGGUCUUGGUCCAUGAACAAAAUUACUAGAAACCCAGCCCAGUACUACGAUCUAAAAGAGGGACUGCCACUGGAUAGCUCUCUCUAGCAUUCUCCACGCUCCAAUACAGCGGCGUCGUGUCUAUCCGGGUCUAUCCGCGAACACGUGAGAACUCUCCAGAAACUGCUUUCUCCUCCACUUCAUCUCUCUCGCUUUCCCUCUAUAAAAAGACCCCUUCUAGGAAUUGAGGGAGACAGCAAGCACCAAGCAGCGAUCCGAAGCUCAAUCAAUUCACUCAAACCUCUUCCCCAAAUCUUCGAUUAGAUUCUCGUUGACAAGAAGACUAGAACCGAACCUGACCAUGUCGCUGAUCCGCCGCAGCAACGUGUUCGAUCCCUUCUCCCUCGACCUCUGGGACCCCUUUGAGGGCUUCCCCUUCGGCUCCGGCAGCAGCAGCAGUCUCUUCCCCUCGUUCCCGCGGACCAGCUCGGAGACCGCGGCCUUCGCUGGCGCGCGGAUCGACUGGAAGGAGACUCCAGAGGCGCACGUGUUCAAGGCCGACGUACCGGGGCUGAAGAAGGAGGAGGUCAAGGUGGAGGUCGAGGACGGCAACGUCCUUCAGAUCAGCGGCGAACGCAACAAGGAGCAGGAGGAGAAGACGGACACCUGGCACCGCGUGGAGCGGAGCAGCGGGAGGUUCCUGCGCAGGUUCCGACUGCCCGAGAACGCUAAGACGGAGCAGAUCACGGCCGCCAUGGAGAACGGCGUGCUUACAGUCACUGUGCCGAAGGAGGACGCCAAGAAGCCUGAAGUGAAGUCCAUUCAGAUCUCCGGCUAGACCUCGGUCUGCGGUCGUCGUACCUGCGUGGUUUGAGGAACGGCAGUUCGCCUCGGUCGUUCUGUGAAAUAAAAUUGGGUUACAAGAAUUAUGGCGUUUGUCAAUAUGGUCGUAAUGUCGUAGGAUGGUGGAAUGUGGUCACAAACUUUGCGUAUGUUGGGUCUACUGGUGGUGUCUGAAUCUAUGUAUGGAUGUCAUGAGUUUGUCUACUAGAGUCCCAGUUCCUGUGGUGUUCGUAUGAUGUAUAUCAUGGGUUAACUCUAUCUAAAAUUUCUUCAUUAUGGUAUUUUUAAGAAAUAAAUUCUUCAUUAUGGUA